CACCCGGCUCGCGAGAAGGCUGUUGUUGAUUUCCUGACUCACACGUUCACGAAGAGGCCAAUCCAGGUCCGGCGAAUCCAAACGAGCAAAAAUCCCGGCUUUGUUCAAGAGGCUUAGCGGUCCGUGGCGCUGGGCAACAUUCUGGAGUAGCGGCCGAGUGUUGAUGUUUGAGGUAGUAGUGGUGCUGUGUGCCAAUUGCCGUGACACCCCUUGGGGGUGGGCAAUUGACCAGAUGGAGGAGUUCAAAGCAUGCGUCUUUGGCAGUUUGUCCACCGUCAGACUUGUCGACCUCGUAAGUCAAGUCAUGGCAGAGAACAAGAUUGACUGUCAGGGGUUUGGUCACCUCGUACUAGUGCCUGGAUUUCCUGAAACUGACCCUUCAGUGGAAAGUGAUGCACACGGGCUAUGUAGAAUCCAUUCAAAGGUGGAUGGACAAGAGCCGUUACAAGACGACCCUUUGAGGCAGGAUCGGGAUGCGACACGAGCAUUCGAUCUUGUGAGAACCUCGGUCGCAAUUGAGGACUUUCUCUCGCUCCUCGAUAGAUUCCAUUCUCUCGUUGCCCCAGUGAACUGACAGACGAUAUUUCAGGUCUGGCAUUGUGGUGAGCGUCAGGCUAAGAAGGGUACAGCGAGGAGGAUCAACAGACACGAUCUUCUGGUCAACAACGAACGUUGUCCUGGUAGCACGACGCGGACGGAGAGGAUCACAGUUGCUUAAGUAGCCAUCGAGGAUAGGACGAAAAUCGUGAUAUCCAGUUCUUUGAAGAGAGAAGGUUACACACACUCAGCAGCAUCGCCCUCUCCCGCCAUAUCGACAGCCGUGGGAGAGUGCUGGGAUUUGGAGACCAGGUAAAUUCAAGUUGGCACAGAAGUAGCGUCCAUGGUCCCCUUGCUUGGUCAGGCCUCUGUGGCACAGACCCGCGAAUAACGCGCUCGCACGUUCUGCGCCAUUUUCAAGAACUUCCUUUGCUUCAAUUCGUCGAAGUGGUGGGAAGAUGCCGCUAUCCACACAAAGGAUUCUGUGGAAGAUCGUUGUGAACACAGUGCAGUGACUAAUGAAUAUGGUUUUGGGAGACAGCGGACACUUCUUCACAGAGGGGAGAAAGUAGUGGAGAACAGGCUGAGCUUUGCAUUCUUAAGAGUACCAUGCUUUACUCUCAGUCUUCCGCGGCCACCCACAGGUCGGGAAAAAUGGCCAGAGCCAGCCUCGUAUGUUCAAGAUUGAUGUCUGUUGGGUUGUACCUUGACUCUGCCUCUGUGCGAGCAUUGGUGGCUGCAUUUCAGGGAGAAGACGUCGCUGAAGAAGAAAGUUGAAUACAUCUCGAACCUUGCCAUAAUUGCUGGUCGAAAGGUGAAACUGCGGAUCGAGGUCCAUUUUAGUCCCCACCAAGGCCAUGGGUUUCUCCUGUUCGCGGAAUGAAUGCAUUAAGCUGGACCAUAACUUAAUCUUUGCGAAGGAAUCUUGGGAUACCGUGCUGAAUGCCAUAAGGACCGCGUCAACAUCGUUGAAAUCCUUGGGUAUCUUGUCACCUGCGUCGAUAACCGACACGUUGACCACUUUUUGAUGCAUGGGAACAUUGACCCGGUAGAUGUCCAUAUUGGUUGUAUGUUUCGGGUCGUCAACAGAUUCUUGGAGGAGGAACUGUAUCCUUGGUCAACGCCAGCUCAGUCAACGCCUGACUUACUGUCACCUGAUGAAUGAGUGUUGUUUUACCCACUGCCUCCGCCCCGAGGACAACCACUUUGAUGUUCGUCGUCAUCAUGAAAUCAAACAGCGAUGAGGAGUAGUUGACAGUAUCUGAUACAAGACAAACAUAAUGGGGAAUUUCCGCAAUUUAAGCCUAAAUUCCCUUGAAUAUAGUAGGCGC